AAACCAAGGCGAAUUCAAUCCUCCAAGACUUUGCUGAUUUCUCUUGCAUUUUCUAAGCUACGAAGCCAUGAAGGCCCUAGUGGCUUUUCUCCUUGUGACCUCCAUUGUAGCAACAACCCAUGGCUCGGAAGAAAAACCCUACCAAAUCCACCCUCUCCGCCUGAAAACCGGCUCUGGCAAAGACGGCGCCACCGUGCAAGGCAUAACCUGUGCUAGCUGGCGGCUGGCCGUGGAAGCCCACAACAUCAUAGAGUGGUCCACCGUCCCGGCAGAGUGCGGAAACUACGUCGGCAACUACAUGGUAGGUCAACAUUACAGACAAGACUCCAAAGCAGUUAACAGAGAGGCAUACUUUUACGCUCGCGCUCUCAAUCUCACUCAAGACGGCAAAAACAUUUGGGUCUUUGACAUCGACGAGACUUCCCUCUCCAACCUUCCUUACUACGCGGAAAAUGGUUUUGGGGUGGAGCCAUAUAACUCGACCAAGUUCAACGCGUGGGUGGACAAAGGGAUAGCACCAGCACUACCAGAGACGAUCAAGCUGUACGACAAGUUGCUGAAUCUGGGCAUUAAGAUCGUGUUCAUCACUGGAAGACCACUCAGUCAAGAGAAAGUCACUGCUUCGAACCUCAAGAACGUUGGCUACCACACUUGGCUCAAGCUGAUCCUCAAGAAUACGACGGAGUACCCGGGAACGACGGCGGUGGUGUACAAAUCGGCGGAGAGGAAGAAGCUGGUGAAGAGUGGGUACAGAAUCAUCGGAAACACCGGAGACCAGUGGAGUGACAUUCUGGGUACUUAUACGGGCAAUCGGACCUUCAAGUUACCCGACCCGCUCUACUACAUUAGUUGAGAAUUGAGAUCCGUAUCACGUUACUCCAGCAGAUCAGUUUGGAGCAUUAUAAUUUGCAUGAGAGAGAAAGUAAUUAAUAAGGAUUAGUAAUGUCUCUUUCUAUAUCUGUAGAAUCAAUAAAGAAAUUCCAAGUUGAUAUGUGUUGCUGUGUAAUGUUUCCAUCCGCAAGAAAUAAUGAGGCUUACCAUUUUGCUCAA